AUAUUCAAGAAAACUCCGAGAUUUAUCAUCGAAAAAGAAAAUUAGGUUUUUUUCUGAGAGAGCAGAGAAAAAUGGCGUCUAGAGGUCCACUGAAAUCGAAGGGGAAAUCUGGAAGAGGAGGAGGAAAGAAUAACAACGAAGAAUACCCAGUGUUGAAAUCAGUGAAAGAAUGGACCAAUUGGUCACUCAAGAAAGCCAAAGUAGCUGUUCAUUAUGGUUUCAUUCCUUUGAUUAUUGUCAUUGGGAUGAAUUCUGAUCCUAAACCUAAUCUUUUCCAACUUCUCAGUCCCGUUUGAAUGAAUGGAAAGGAUAUUAAUCAGAAGGUCAAGAUCGCGGCGAGGUUCGAGAUUUAUCAAGUUUGUCGAAAUUACGCUUUUCAAUUUUAGGUUUUCUUUUUUUAAUGUUUCUAGGGUUUUCAAUAUGAGACUUGAUGUGGAUGUCUUUUCCGGAUCUGGCUUAUGAAUAUAUGAAUUUGAAUUAGAAAUCCAUGUUUUUUUUUACUUUGUUUA